AUGGAGCCGGAUGCGGUGCUGGAGCGUGUUGGCAGCGGGCGGUUUCAGCAGCGCCUGCUGGUUUUGACUGGCUUGACUCUGUUCAGCGAUGGCGUUGAGCUCAUGGUUAUGCCGUUGUUGCAGCAUGCGCUCGAGUUUGAUGAGACUUUUGGUGCAGGUGCAGCCUACCAGACCGCAGUCACUGUCGCCGUCUUUGCGGGCAUGCUUUUGGGUGCCCUGGCCGUGGGCCUGCUAGCAGAUCGCUAUGGGCGACGGGCGGCCACUCUGGCAUAUACGGCCACCAUUGCUGGUUUUGGGCUAGCUAGUGCCCUUGCCCCCACACCUGCCAUCCUCAUCUUGGCCCGCGCUGGCGUGGGCUUUGGCGUGGCUGGCACGCCGGCCGCGCUGACCCUCUAUGCCGAGUGGUUGCCCGCCGCGGAUCGCGGUCGUAGGCUCGUUUCCUUUAUGUACUUUUUCUCCCUUGGAGCACUCUUUGUGACGCUCCUGGCCUGGGCUGUGCGGGAACGAUGGCGCGCGCUCCUUCUCCUCGCUGCGCUUGUCCCAGCCAUGACCUAUGGACUCUGUUGGUUCUACCUGCCCGAGUCGCUGCGCUUUCUAGUUCAGACCGGCCAGACCAGUCGCGCCCGUCAGCUUUCGUGUCGCGCCGCACGCAUCAACGCCAUUCCAGAGGCAGAUCAACAAGACCUGCAAACAGCACAGCUUGUGACAGCUCGGGCAGAGAACCAUGCCAAGCGUCAAGCGACGAGGGACGCUUCCAACAGUUCUGGUGCCAGUGCAGUCGAAUCCCUCGCUCACGCGCCAGCCGUAGUGUCACGCUCCCUCACCAGCUGGUGGCACGACUUUUGGGCUGAUUGGCCCCUUUUUUCCCUCCUGGCUACAGAGUUCCUUCUCAUGGCCACCGUCUAUUACUUUUUGGUCCUGCUGACGACCGUUGUGCAGCCGGAAACGCGCCGUGCUGCCAAGUUCUCCGAUGCCACCUACUUCAACGUGGCCAUGGCCAACCUGGCCGAGCUGCCUGGUCUCUAUGCAGCUUCCUGGCUCUUGGACCUCGUGGGUCGUCGUGCCACCAUCUUCCUCUUUUUUGCAGUGACUGGCUGGUGCCUACUCAUUCUUAGUUACGGCCUUGAUGCCAAAGCGGACUGUCAGGCUGCCGGCUGUCGGUGGCUGGCUGCCACCUUAUGGAUGGCACGGGCGGCAGCUCUUGGCUUCAACCAAAGCCUUUGGAUUUUCACAACAGAAGCCUUUGCCACGAAACACCGCGCCUUGGGUUUGGGCUUGGCCUCGAGUGCCGCUCGUGUCGGCGGCGCGCUCAGCCCUUUCCUCAUCGACGCCUAUUUUCGCAGGUCAGUUGCUGGGCGUGGGCUCGCUGCCACCUGCCGCCUCACUUCCUGA